GGAGAGCUGUUCACAGAGCGGAAGAUGGCGACCGGAGGGCGGCUGAGGAGGAAUCACUGGGGCUGAUACCAGCGGAGCAGCAGCGAACACACACCGACGCUCGGAGCCCAGCAGAGAUCAACACCCGAGACCACGUCAAAAAUGUCCCGUUCCUCUGACCAUGAAGACGGAUACUUCGUUGCCAUGGAUACAGAAGACAAUGGUACAGAUUCUGCUGGAGUUGCAGAAGAAGUGGAGGCAAAGAUGGGGUCAUGUGCACAAGAAGGGAACAUGGACAGUGGUGCCAAAGGAGUGGGGAGAACAAUGGUGGAGUUGCCAGAAGAGGUUCUUGAAUACAUUUUAUCUUUCCUCUCACCAUACCAGGAACACAAGACCGCAGCACUUGUAUGCAAGCAGUGGUAUCGCCUCAUUAAAGGUGUUGCCUAUCAGUGUUAUCAUGGUUUUUUGAGAGCUGUCCAGGAGGGUAAUAUCCAGUGGGAAAGUCGCACAUACCCAUAUCCAGGAACUCCCAUCACUCAGCGCUUUUCACACAGUGCGUGUUAUUAUGACUUAAAUCAAUCCAUGUAUGUGUUCGGGGGUUGUACUCAGAGUAGCAGCAAUGCAGCCUUCAAUGAUCUAUGGAGACUUGAUCUCAACAGCAAGGAAUGGAUCCGCCCUUUAGCCUCAGGCUCCUAUCCGUCUCCUAAAGCUGGAGCUACUCUGGUGAUGCACAAAGAUCUUUUAGUGCUGUUUGGGGGUUGGACGCGCCCCAGCCCUUAUCCACUGCAUCAGCCAGAAAGGUUUUUUGAUGAAAUCCACACCUACUCUCCAUCGAAGAACUGGUGGAACUGUAUAGUAACAACACAUGGGCCUCCACCUAUGGCUGGCCACUCAUCAUCUGUGAUUGGAAACACCAUGGUAGUGUUUGGUGGAUCAUUAGGAGCACGUCAAAUGAGUAAUGAAGUCUGGGUUCUGGAUCUGGAGCAGUGGUCCUGGUCUAAACCACCCAUUUCGGGCCCAUUACCCCACCCACGUGGAGGCCAGUCACAGAUUGUUAUCGAUGAUAAGACCUUGCUCAUCUUGGGAGGCUGUGGUGGCCCUAACGCACUCCUGAAAGAUGCCUGGCUCCUCCACAUGGGUGCUCCAGCAUGGAGGUGGCAGCAGCUGCAAGUAGAAAAUGAGGACCAUGGAGCCCCAGAAUUGUGGUGUCACCCAGCUUGUAAAGUUGGCCAGUGUGUGGUGGUUUUCUCACAGGCUCCCUCUGGCCGUGCACCUCUCAGCCCAAGUCUUAACUCGCGACCGUCCCCCAUAAGUGCCACACCUGCCCCUCUGGGCACUGAUCCGCCUUCUCUGCGCUCUCAGUCUCCCGUUCGCAGUGGAGCUGCCGGUGUUGUCCUGGGGGCUGCUGAAGAAGCUCCAUGUGUAAAUGGUCGAUGGGGCACUCUGAGACCCCGUCCUUCAGCUAGAGGAAGUGUCAGAGAGGGGAGCCCAUCCUCCUCUCAACAGCCGUCUCCCUCGCAAGGCCCAGACAGCCCUCCUCUUCCCCCACUUCCUCCUCUAAUAAAUGGAUCCUCCCCCUCCCCUCGGACCAGCCCGUCCCAGGCUGCAUCUCCUCCCUCCCGCCCUCACCUACCUGCCUCCACAGACUAUGGAUGGGACUCUCCCCCCUCCGUCUCUCACCAUCCUGAGUUUCCCAGCACUAAUGGCCUGCACACACCUCCUGCAAAAUCGCCGCGCACGCCCCCAGGAGCGGUAUCCCCCGCUGCCUUACGAAGAGGGCUGGAGGCGGUGAAAAACAAAUGUUCCGCAUCAAUGCCGUCUUCGUUGUCACUGUCUUCCCUUCAAACACACGGUGUUUCUCAUAUAGGAGGAAGUGGUGGGGGAGGAGGAGGGACAGGUCCUCCAGGUACCCCUCCAUCAUCAUCUUCCAGUCCCCCGCAAGCUGCUGGAGCUGAGGGACAUGCUAUCCCACCUAUAGCACGACGCCUCGGUCAUCACCCGCCUCAGAGCCUAAACGUAGGAAAACCUUUGUACCAGUCUCUCAAUUGCAAGCCAAUGCAGAUGUACGUACUGGAUGUGUCCCGAGCCAAAUCAGUUGGUGUCGUGUCUUGGAGAGUUUAUGGAAACGGGACUCCUGCUGCAGUCACAGGGCCACCAGAAACCAGCCUUCACACCGUGGUACAGGGUCGCGGAGAGCUCAUUAUUUUCGGGGGCCUCAUGGACAAAAAACAGAAUGUGAAGUACUACCCUAAAACCAACGCCUUGUACUUUGUUCGUGCUAAAAGGUAAUGCUGCUCCAGGUGUUACUGGGAAGAUGAUGCUCCACCCUGUGAAAACACAAGGGAACUGACACACAAGGCCUUUUUUCCUGUAGGAAGGAUUAAAACUUAAAGUAAAAAAAAAAAAACAAGCAUUAUCACUGCUAGAUGUUUCACUUUGGAAAUUCACUAUUGUCCCUUCUGUCUACUGCAAGCAUUCAAAAUAAAACACUUUAAAAACACUUUCCUAAAACAUUUCCUUAAAUGAGAAUCUUGGCUGUGUGUGUGAGCAUGUGUGAGUGUGUGUGUUUGUGACUGCUGUGGUUAAAGAGCUCUGAACUUUUUUGUCAUUCCCCAAAAGUAAAAAAAAAAAAAAAUCAAAAAUAUCUGGUUUCGUGUCACUCUCCUCUGAACUCUUAAAAAGAGAGAAAGUCUGGAAGAGAGGAUGCUACUGACAGAACAGCUGACAACUACCUUGCUUUUUGUAUCACUCUUAAAGCCUGCAAUGUUUACAUGAAGUACAGUGUGUGUGUGUGUGUGUGUGUGCGCACGUGUGUGUGUGUGUUUGUAUGCAUGGUGGUGGUGAUUAAGAAAAAUGUUGACUAAUGUGUGUCAGCAGCCAUGGUGGCUGAGAGACGUGGCACUGUACUAUAAACAUAGUUGAACAAUAAAGGCCUCCAUGUCUGCU